UCGGAUCUCUUAGGCAACGCGCGAGCGUGCACAGAGGACCGCAGCCCGGAGACGCCGGCCAGAAAACGUCCUCUGGGAGCGCCUAAAGGACAGCGCGGCGGCUCCCAGCAACCACCGCGUGGGCCUUAACGUCAUCAAAGAGCGCCGGAAGCGUGGCGGUGAUAGCCGAGCCACGUGUGGAACCGAGAGCUGGCGUCAGCUGGGUCCCUGACCCUUGGCAGACGCUAACAUUAUGAGUUUCGUGGCAUAUGAGGAGCUGAUCAAGGAAGGCGACACGGUCAUCCUGUCGCUGGGCCAUGGCUCGAUGGUGGCGGUGCGUGUGCAGCGUGGGGCGCAGACCCAGACCCGGCAUGGUGUCCUGCGGCACUCAGUGGACCUCAUUGGCCGCCCGUUUGGCUCCAAGGUGAUCUGCAGCAGAGGCGGCUGGGUGUACGCGCUGCACCCCACUCCUGAGCUCUGGACAGUGAACCUACCCCAUCGCACACAGAUCCUCUACUCCACAGACAUUGCCUUACUCACCAUGAUGCUGGAGCUGCGGCCGGGUUCUGUGGUCUGUGAGUCAGGCACGGGCAGUGGCUCUGUCUCACACGCCAUCAUCCGCAGUAUCGCCCCCACUGGCCACCUGCACACGGUGGAGUUCCACCAGCAGCGGGCGGACAAGGCCCGGGAGGAGUUCCAAGAGCAUCGGGUGAGCCAGUGGGUGACCGUGCACACCCAGGAUGUGUGCCGCAGCGGCUUCGGCGUGGUCCGCGUGGCUGAUGCGGUCUUUCUGGAUAUCCCAUCACCCUGGGAAGCUGUGGGCCAUGCCUGGGAUGCCCUCAAGGUUGAAGGUGGACGCUUCUGCUCCUUUUCUCCGUGCAUUGAGCAGGUGCAGCGAACGUGCCAAGCCCUGGCAGCCCGUGGCUUCACAGAGCUCAGCACCCUGGAGGUGCUGCCACAGGUCUACAAUGUGCGCACCGUCAGUCUGCCCUUGCCUGACCUGGGGGCCAACGGCUCAGAGGCCAGCUCUGAUGCCAGCCCCUUCCGUAGUGGCACACCCAUGAAGGAGACUGUGGGCCACACUGGGUACCUGACUUUUGCCACCAAAACCCCAGGCUAGUGAGCCGGGACAGGAGCAUCACAGACAAGCAAGGAGCAGAGGCUGCCUUAUAUGGUCAGCCACUGCCUGUGGGGCUUGUGUUUAGAAAUAGAUGGCAGGGUGGGGCAGGGGCCUUCUGGGUGGUUGAGGGGGGUGAGCAGGCUGACCCUGUUCAGGAGGAAGACAUUCCUGUCUUCUGAGAGGGAUGCUCCACCUCUUCACUGCCCAGCUCAAGCUCUGCUCUUUGUUGUCAAUGUGAAGUUUCCUCUCUGGGCACUGCCUGAAGCCUGGGCUGACCUACGGGCAAUGGACUGCUGCACCCCUGGCCCUGCCCUCAUCCCCUCUGUACUUCACUGAGGCUGCUGGAGGGACCAGGCUGGCCCUGGGGUAAAAAGAAGUGACUCAGUAACUCGAGGGCCGCACAGGCAACAGGUGCUCACAGACCUGUGCCUAGAGUCCCUGAUGCGCUGUCGUCUGGAAUUAGGCACCAUCCUGUGGAGGUGGAGUCCUGCAGGACAGGUGCAUGCCUCCGGUGACCUGUCAAGCCCAUGCUGGAGCUAGGGACAAAGAGGGAGUCAGAGGAGGCGGUGCAUGGACUAGGAUCCCUCGCUGUUGACCUGCUGCAUGUGUCACCCGGGGCCUGGUGUCCAUUCCCGGUGUGUGGCUGCUUCAAGGGAAUCUCGGUGCUCAGAUCACACUGGUGUGAGGCUGCCCUCCAGCUGCUGCUGAUGUAUGGAACCAGCCAUUGAGAGAAUUGCCUGUGUCAUGUUGACCUCUAAGGGCACCUGAUAGAGCAAUAAACAUUUUUGUCUUA